CGGAGCUUUCCCGAAUGAGCUAACGCUCGCCGUCAGAGCUUGAAAUCAAGUUUGAAUCAUGGUGCUACUUGAAAAUGACUCGUUUCUGACAGAGCUCACGAGGCUGUUCCAGAAAUGCAGGAACUCGGGUAGUGUUGUCAUCACAUUAAAAAAAUACGAUGGGAGGACUAAACCCGUCCCUAGAAAGGGCCAUUCAGAGUCAUUCGAGCCAGUAGACAACAAGUGUCUCCUCAGGGCCUCAGAUGGCAAGAAGAAAAUUAGCACAGUGGUCAGUACCAAAGAAGUUAUCAAGUUUCAAAUGGCAUACUCCAACCUCCUCAGAGCUCACAUGGAUGGGCUGAAGAAGAGGGACAAGAAAAGCAAAACCAAGAAGACCAAAGCCACUCAAUGAGCAACAGACUCUUAUGUACCCUUGGUACCUAGACUGGGAUGCACCAUCUGAAUGGGGGGGGGGGGCUUCAACUGGCCUAUAACUACCAAUUUCCCCCUCCAGCUUGUCCCAUUCUCCUUAGGCUCGGUCACUAUUUUUCCGACAGGUGACUUCUUUGAUACCAUGCCAUUGUUUGCACAAUAAUGUCUAAUACCAGGUCACGCAAUGCUGCCGGAGAAUGGGGACAGAAAAGCUGAGGCUUUCUAAUACUCAAUGAGAAUGCAGCAAAUGAACCUUAAUUGAAAUGCCACACUCUGUACCUGCAUCUCUCUUCUGGAUCUAAGUUACCAACAGCUGUGUUGCUUCUGGAGUCGCUGAAAUGAUAAAGCCCUGGAAUUAAUUGCCUUUCCUAAUAUUUUUUUUUCACUGUUGUCCAUAUUUAUGUAGUGCUUACCCAAAAUUGUAUGUGCAUGUCUGUCUGACUGCAUCAUUUGACUGCAUUGUUUAGAUGUGAAUUUACCAAUUAAACUCGUUACCCAAAUUGUUUAAGUUCAAGUUCCCAGAAAUGCAUGAGGAAAAACAACCACCUUGCAAUGCCAUAUUUGAGGGUAAAUGUUUUUUUUUAUUUUUAUUUUUUUUAACCAAGCUGAGAGUAUAUUACAUGGUAUCAUUUGUGAUGAUCGUCUCUCUCGCCUUUUUCUUUUUAAAUGUAGAAUGAAACUUGCUAUUACUGACUUAUUUUGACCACAGAUGUUUAAUAAAUUAAUUUUUUAUGGUAUGGCAAACUGUCAACACAAACCUUAUAAACCUCAGUUGAAUAUACAAUAAAGGAGGGCUGCAUGUUUAACUCAAAUUUAAAAAGGAUAACGCUGUACACGGAGGCCAGAAUUAAGUUAAAUUUGGGAAAUGAUUUACUUAAAGGCAUAUUUGAUUUUAUGUAUGCAUGUACAAAGUACUGGGUAUAAACCAAACCUUGUGAAUUCGCUUUUUCCUUACAAAGUGGAUACAACUACUGUUGCCAUUCUGUGUCAGCCAUUUAUACCCUGUUGUCAUGCUACAGUAUGUCCUCAUGUAACUUUAACAGAAAUACAGCAGAUUUUAAUUGGAGAAAUAAAGUCCUUUGUUA